AGCUCAGGUGCACGAUGAAGCUACAUCUUUUGUUGAUCGUGCUCGCCGCGGCGUCGGCGCACUACCACGCCAGGAUUGGGGUGCCCGCCGCCGCCCGUAUAUGGCAGCUGGAGAACGGCGGUGAGACCAGAAUAACAGGCGGGUUACCCUCCUAUAGAAGUUUGCAUCCGUUCUUCGCCGGCUUACUUAUCGCGCUGCCUAUGAAUUUAACAUCCGUCUGCGGUUCGACGCUUCUGACCGACACCAAACUUAUAACGGCGGGUCACUGCUGGAACGACGGCGAGAGACAAGCCAUCCUGUUCGAAGUCGUCCUGGCCUCCGUGCGGCUGUUCACCGGCGGGACCAGAAUAAUCACCGCCGACGUCGUCCCGCACGAGGCUUACGUACCCGAGACGAUAUACAACGACAUCGCGAUGAUCACCGUGCCGCCCGUCCAAUUCAGCGAACUCAUCAGGCCGAUAAGUUUACCCGUGGAAAACCUGUUCAGUUCUCACGAGGGUCGCGUCGCAACUGUGGUGGGUUACGGAAAAACGGGCGAUGCGAGUGAAAUUACGGGAAGCCAGAGCCUGAGGUUCGCUUUCGUAACUGUGAAACCUAAAGAGGAGUGCGCGAUAUAUGGGAAUUUAUUCGGGGCGUCGAUGAUUUGCACGAAUGGCAUAUACGGCGGGUCCUGCGGAGGGGACUCCGGCGGGCCGCUGUUCAUUUCGGAGCGUUCUGGGGAGAAGUACCUCAUCGGCGUCGUGUCGUAUGGCUCGGCUUAUGGUUGCGAAGCGGGCCACCCUACAGUGUUCACGAGAAUCAGUUCGUUUAUUGACUGGAUAUAUGAUAAAAUUUGUUAUUGAUACUAAUACUAUUCAAUUGAUUAAAUUAUACAAAUUAAUUGCUUUUAAGAAUAAGCAAAUAAUUAUUGGCGUAAAAAUAUU